AUGAAGAAGUUUGCCUUCGUCAGUGUGGAUAAUCGCGGCAAAGCAACGGACACCCUGCAGGUCCGGAGUCACUGCAUGAGGGGCAAGAACCGGCGCGAAGAUUCCCGGCGCUCACGGAGAGCACUCCGACAACGCGAGGCUGAAAUCGCGGCUCAAACCGCUAUCAACCAAAUACCGAACGACAAACUAGGUCUUUCAAGCAAGAAUAUCUGGGAAAGACAAAAUAUGCCAUAUCAACCUAUCUUAGACUAUAAAUUGCUACCUGAUAGCUUGAGCCAAGGCUCCGUGGACCUCCUGUAUCAAUAUGGCCGGCUUAAGGAAGCCAUCUACCCUAUUGAUAAUUGCGUCGAGUUUGAGAUUAUUCAAGACGACUACAUUGGGUGGUUUACCACGGAGUCAGCAUUUGUUCAGUCCAUCCUCUUUAUGGGAUCAGCACUCCAGGACCUCGCGGUGCAAAGAACUCUAACUCGCACGUCGCUGUUUCAUCUCAGGAAAACAUUGUCUCUGCUAAACGAUGCUUUGUCCAACCGACAAGAAUAUCUCAAUGAUGCACUUCUCUAUACCGUUUUCAACCUCUCACUCAUUGCUACUAUCAUCGGCGAGGAUGAAGCAUUCAAUAUCCAUCUUUCUGGAAUAAGGAAGCUUAUGCAGCUGAGGAAUCAACAAACCAGGGAGAGAAUCAACAGCAGGCUGGGGUUUAAAAUAAGUCGGUUGGAGCUUUCCGCAUAUACAAGCACGGGUACCUUACCACCUUUACCCAUCGGGCCACUUUGUUGGCAAUCCUGCUACCGCAAUACCACCUCAAGUCCGGACGAAACCUUGUCUCUCAGGGCUGCGAUAGUCGAUAAUAUCCAGUUGCGUACGAUCCUUUACGACCUUAGACACCUAGCCGAUCGUAUCAAUUGGAAGUAUGUUGGCGCUAGACGUUUGACUGGAGUUGAAUUCCAAGGUUCUAUAUCCUCGAUCCAGUCGCGCCUCUUGCGUCUUACAGUAGACCCUGAGGACAUAGAAAGUGAAUGUAUGCGAUUAGGAAUGCUGGCAUUUCUAUCGACCACUCUUCAUGUCCCAGGCAAGAUACUCCCCAGUGCAUAUCUAGCCACCCAGCUGAAAAAGCUUUGCGGAGAGAUUGCUGUGUCGGGAACUAGCAGCAGAUACAUGGUCUUAUGGCUGCUCAUCGUGGGAUCUAUUUCGGUAUUCGCACCUGAUGAGCCAUGGAUUCGUGCGAGGUGGGCGGAAGUGUCGGAUGUCGAUCUUGUUUGGGAAGAGCUGGAGUUACAUUUGCGCGAUAUUCUAUGGAUCGACUGCAUACACGGAGAACCGGCAAGGAAGGCAUUUGCAAUGAUCACCAAUGUUCGAUCAAGUACCUUAACAGUAAUGUAG